AGAUACUAAUCGGACUUCAUUACUUCGUAAUACUUCGUCCCGUUGAGACUAGGUGGCACUUAUUCGCAUCGAGUAUUCUGGGAUCGAAUGAUCAUUGACUAGUCUUGCGUAUUGAAAGAUAAAGAUGGGAAGACUACAGAAUAGCGUGGUUAAAAAAGGACAGAAAUAUGUUCUUGCACAAUACGCGUCCGCAUCGCGUUACCUUUUUAUGCACUUUAAAUUAGGGUUUAAAUUCAAGUGACUGACGAACGAAUGAAAUGCAAUGCAAAUACGUUACGCGAUAGGAUAGGAGCAGUUGGAUUUUGCAAUACUUCAUGAUACUGGGUACUGUCAAAGUGAGAACAGGUGCCGCCUAGUAUCGAAAUCUACCUGUUCUUGGGAUCUGUUCUAAUAAAUACGACUCAUCUCAUAGGUGGCAGUGCAAGGGUGACGCGGUGGUGGUAUCGUGAACACGUACCCUAACGCACGUCUGGUUGUCCCAUACCUAUCAAAAAACAAAAAACAGAGUUGUGUAAAUCCUCUGAUCAGAGUGCCAAGCACGAAUAACUGUCGCAUUCGUAAUGUAAAUGUAUCGAGACGACGAUACGUCAUGAGUCGUUAACGGAGUGUGGCAGCACGAAGCCUAUCCUUUCAACUAUCGAGAGCUCGAAUCGAAUUCGAUAGUGACGUCAUGCUAAUGUAAACUAGAGAAGCAGCCAAGUGAACGAUUUGAAUGACUUGUUGAACAUAAAGAUUUCGUCUGAAAACUAAAUUAAAUUUUAAAUAUAUUUCCACCUUUGUCUACACGUUUUACGACAUAAUAUUUAGGAAAUAAAUAUUAAUUAUGUGUAAAAAGUUCUUAAAGCGAGUUAAAAGAAAUAUAACAUGACAUUAUCUAUGAAAAAACUAAGUACUUAGUUUCAUAAAUUUAUAUAUUUUUUUUAUGAUUUCCGAACGUCGUAUUUGACAUUACCGCCGACAUUUGCCGGUUGAUUGUUUGCAAAUAUUGUUUGUUACAUUUAAAACUUUAAAACAAAGUAUAAAAUGAGGACAAGUCAACUCCAAUAUAAGAUAAUGGUGGAAUUCAUGGAAAGGUAAGUUUUAUAAUAAAAAAAAUCAAAAUUUUCGUUUGACUAGAUCCUUGUUUGUGCUGGAAAAUAAUUUAAUGUGUUUCAAUUUCUAAUGUCAGGAAUGGAGAUUUGUCUAAACCCUCGGGCGGCCCCCGGGGUCGCAGUUACAUCCAGGCCAAAUCGAAGGAGCUCACCUCAAAAUUAAAUAGUGAAGGCUCGGGAGAACCUAGGUCUGAGGAAAAGUGGAGAAAAGUAUGUUAACUCGUACAUUUUUAUUAUUACUUGCUUUGCACCUAUAUGUUUGUGUUACAUUUCCUGUUUUUGCUUGGAAACUUCUGCUUCAUUUUUCAUUUUUUUUAUUUUGCUAAGAUUUGGAGCGAUUACAAAAAUAAUUGUAAAAAGAAGUGUGCGAAAAUUAGCAGGGCAGCUAAUGGCAUUGGUGGUGGGCCUGCACUCCAAUUAUGUUUGACUGACCUUGAAAACAGGGUCAUGCAAAUAGUUGGAGUGCAAGCGGCUACUGGCAUGGCAGUGCAAGAAGCUGGCUUUAAUUUGGUUUGCUUAUUACAUUAUUUAAUUUAUCUUUUUACAGAUUGGAAUAUUCCUGGGACCAGCAGCGAGAUAACUGUAUUCCCACCAUUCACCGUUCCCCACGAAGCCUGCCCUUCGCCAGUGCCUCCACCAACACCACCAACCACCAAUCCUCCAAUCGAGGAAGAGAGCUGGAAGCCUCCACCAGCGAAAAAGUCCAAAGCUAGUUUAAUUAAAAUGUGUGUAGAGAAUGACAAGAAUGCUAGAGAGUAUGCUAGGGAGCGUGAGAAAAGAUAUGAUAUGAUAGAACAAGAGCGUUUGGAUUUGCGACGAGAGGAGUUAAGAAUAAGAGAGAUGGAGAUACAAGAGAGGGUAAGACAGAGAGAUGCAGAGCUCUCUUUACAGGCUCAGUGGCAGGAAAUUACGAAAGAGGCACAGGAGGUUUUAAAAAAAUUUUUAGAAAAAUAGGAAGAUUAGGGUAUUGAUGUAUUGAUAAUUUUAUUUUAAGGGUUAAGAUUAGGUUAAAUUAGUUUUUAAGGUAGUUAAGUUAGUUAUAUAUACAUUUUAUUAAUUAAUUUAAGUUAGUUAUAUAUACAUUUUAUAAUAAAACACUUGAAUUAUG